AUGUCUACACGGCUGCCGGUCGCCUCUUCCACAAACAGGAGCGGCUACAAAGAUCUGAUGGUCAAACUGACCGAGGGGCAGUAUGUGCUGUGCAGGUGGACUGAUGGACUCUAUUACCUUGGCAAGAUCAAGAGGGUCAGUGGCUCCAAGCAGAGCUGCCUUGUGACCUUCGAAGAUAACUCCAAGUACUGGGUCCUCUGGAAGGAUAUUCAGCAUGCUGGUGUCCCCGGAGAAGAGCCCAAGUGCAACAUCUGCCUGGGAAAGACCUCGGGACCCCUGAACGAAAUCCUCAUCUGUGGCAAAUGCGGGCUAGGCCCGGAGAGGGGCAGCCCCCUGCCGGCAGCCUCGGGCUCGUCGAGUGGCCCCAAGCUGGGGGCCUGAGCCUGUGUCCUGCCCCUCCUCCCAGGCUUCCUCGCCCCUGGCUGUGCUGACCCCAUGUUCUGGUUGGCCCUGCAGAAAGGGGGUGCCCUGAAGAAGGGAGCCAUCGCCAGGACGCUGCACGCCGUCAAGAUGGUGCUGUCCUACAACCCGGAGCAGCUGGAGUGGGAUUCCCUGCACAGGACCAACCAGCAGCAGUGCUACUGUUACUGCGGGGGGCCUGGCGAAUGGUACCUGAAGAUGCUGCAGUGCUACAGCUGCCGGCAGUGGUUCCACGAGGCCUGCACGCAGUGCCUUAGCGACCCCAUGAUGUUCGGAGACCGGUUCUAUGUCUUCUUCUGCACGGUGUGUAACCAGGGCCCCGAGUACAUCAAGCGCCUGCCCUUGCGCUGGGUUGACGUUGUCCACCUGGCCCUCUACAACCUGGGCGUGCAGAGCAAGAAGAAGUACUUUGACUUUGAGGAGAUCCUGGCCUUCGUGAACCACCACUGGGAUCCUUUGCAGCUCGGGAAGCUGACUGGUACCCCGGCCUCGGAACGCGCGUCGCACCUGCUCAACGCGCUCAACAGCUACAAAAGCAGAUUUCUGUGCGGUAAGGAAAUCAAGAAGAAGAAAUGCAUCUUUCGCCUGCGCAUUCGUGUCCCGCCAAACCCCCCGAGCAAGCUCCUGCCAGAGAAAGUACCAGGCUUGGGCGAGAAUGGCACUUCGGAGCUGAAGAAGAGAGGAAAAAGCAAAUACGCCCAUAAAAAUGGUUUGCUGCCUCACGAAUUUCAACAGCAGAAAAGGCGAGUUGCUAGAAGAAAAAGAUCAAAAUUUUUGUUGGAGGAUGCUAUUCCCAGUAGCGACUUCACGUCGGCUUGGAGCACGAACCACCACCUGGCCAGCAUAUUUGACUUCACACUGGAUGAAAUUCAGAGCCUAAAAAGUGCCAGCUCCGGGCAGACUUUUCUUUCUGACCUGGAUUCCACAGCUGCUGCCAGCACGUCUGGCUCCGCCACAACGAGCCUGUCGUACGAAUCGAGGAGGAACAUGGGCAGCCGGAAACGGAAGUUGGCGGUGAAAGCCUAUGCCCCCAUAGGGGGGAAGAGAAAAGGCGUCGAGCAAGGCGGGCACCUGACCGGCUGCGCUUCGGAAGGCAGCGAGGCGGCGUGCGCCCCGGAGCGCCCGGAUGACGGAAUCGACAGCCACACCUUGGAGAGCAUCAGCGAGGACGACUCCUCCCUCUCCCACCUCAAGUCCUCCAUCACCAACUACUUUGGAGCAGCCGGCAGGCUGGUGUGCGGGGAGAAGUACCAGGUGCUGGCCCGCAGGGUGACGCCGGAAGGGAAGGUCCAGUACCUGGUGGAAUGGGAAGGGACAACCCCAUAUUGAUCCCUCUGGCUUGGACCAGCCUGGGGAAACCUUACCUAGAUCAUCUACAAAACCCGUGACCGAACCCAAGGAGGUGAGGGAUGUGGAGGAGCCAGGCUCCUGCGGUGGGCGUGCACCGAUGGGGGAGGGCUUUGAAAGCUCUCCUUGCGCUUAGCGCAACUUGGGCAGGAGAGGUGUGACAGGAAUGCUUCACCGUCUGGAGCGGGCGCUGCGCCGGACUUAGGACAGGGGCUAGCAGAGGCAGUCGGACGCGUCCAGACGUGCGGCGAGCCGCAGCAUCGGGGGGGCUGAAACGGAGAGACUUCCUCUUGUGAAAGAUGGGUAUUCGAUCAGUCCUGUAGACACAACGGCCGUUACCUCGUGAUGCUUCCCUGAGGGACCUUUUGGCUGAGCCAAAGAGGAAUUGAAAGCACAUAAUGACGGGGCUUCUCAUCGUGACGCUCUGCUGCGCCAGAGAAGCCGGAUAGGCCCGGCCGAUCCACCCAGCGUGGGGCUAAUGAGAAGGCAGGAACGAGAGAGGUUGGAAGGGCGACAGGCAAACCCAUCCGUACGGCGCUCACCCCGUCAUCCCCUCUAGUAACCGUAACAAGGCUGCUCUGCAGAAGAACCACCGCGAAGUCCGCCCGUGUCUUAUCACAUCAAGCCUUAAAGAACAGACCCAACUGGUCUUGUUACUAAAGCAAAAAGUACUUGCCUAGCCCGUUCUAUAAGGCCUAAGCACCUGAGUAUCACGUUCUCGGGCUGAUAGAAAUCGCUGGGCAAGCUGAUUCCUGCCAAAGCAAUUGUAUCGUAUUUACCCCCUCCUCGUAAACACUGCAAUGAAUGGAUAAUUUUAAAAGAGCACAGUUGCCCUGUCUGUGUAGAUCUAGAUACUUUUAGGCCUGUCACUACCAGCCUUCCCAGCCACAGGACCGAUUGGCAUCCCGGUUGCUCUUGUCCCAUGACCGCGCGAUGUAAAAUGAUGCGGCAGCUCCAUUGGCUUAUUUUUCUGACAAUCACAGUCUUGGGAUGACGCCGAUGAGGUGAGCUUGCCUUCCGGCCGAGAAGGGCGUUGUUUUGCACUGGUGGCGCCUUCACUGAAAUGGACGCUGUGGCGUGUGUUUUUGAAAAGAGCGUUGUGAUAAAUGCUGCCACACGAGUGGAUACGUCUCUCCACCCCUCCCCUCCCCCCGCAAAAAAAAGCCCCAUCCAGACAAAAAGCAAAAGAAAGGAAAAGUGGCUGCGUUUCAGUGAAUGAAAGAGAAUUGUUUGGGUAAGGAGAGGGAAUUGCUGCUGCUGCUUUUGGAUACGUAACAAUACCUAAUGCUAUUUGUACUUCCCGACAUAUACCAGCUGAACCAAAUCUUUCUAUUUAGUGCUGCAUGAUUUCCGUCUUUGUUGCUUUUGCAUCUAGAGUGGAAAAAGAGGAUGUAGCCUUGCAGGGCAAGGAAGGGAGAGGAAAUGCAGUAGCUUGAGAAUCAGAAGAAUGAAUGUAAUAAAUUAUUGGAAGGCGAGCCAUGUUUUCCAUUCUGGGAUUCAGAAAGUGACUUGCUAAGCUGAAUUCUGGGAUUCAGUUUGCCUGCCUAAUAAUUGCCACUCUUGUCUAACAAAAGUGACGUUGUCAGGUAAUUUGGAUGCAAAAUUUAGGCUGUUUAAAAAUGUAUCUAUACUUUUACACACUCUAAUAGCAGUAGCCAUGUUUUUUAGAUGAUUCUUUUAAACAUUUAGUGAAAAGUUAUUCACAUUUGCUAGCCGGGUGGUUAUGAACCCAGAGUGAAACUGACAAUAAACAAGUGACUAGUUGGGUGGGGUUGUAUAUUUUUAUUGGGACAGUUUUUGAUGCUGAAAGACAAGCUUUGGAGAUGCACGGAGCUUUACUUCAGAUAACCUGAAUGAAGUUGGUCUGAUCCAAGAUACAACUUCACCCCACUUGUCUCUCUAAAACAAUGGGAUUACCACAGCUCUGACAACACUGCAGCUAAACAAAAGUGAAACUGACAAGCCUUCUUGACAUUGUCCGAACUGAGUGAAAUACACAAAUGUAAACAUCAUAAAGGCAAAACAAACUAGAGUUUGCAAAUUUUCACCUUUAAUAACCCUGAAAGGACCUGACUGAAAAGAUGAACUGAAAAGCUCGUUUUGUUAGGGAAGGAAACCCCAGCUUUAUUUAAGAUCACGAAUCAUUCAGUGUGUAAUUCUCCCCUAACUGAUGCUGGUGUAAAUCAAGAGUAAAAACAGGUGAGAGGAGAAAAUUGGGCUCCGUUUUUAAGAACAUCCAUAAUAAAAGCAGCACUUCCCCAUUGACAGCCAAACGAAUGGCACAAGAUCACCUUAACUGAACGGGCCGGUGUUACAAACCAAAGGCCCAAAUGAUGUGAGUUAACGUAAAUCAUGGAUAACCCAGGUUGUUGGGUUUUUCUUUAAAUGUAGCCCUCAAAACUUGAAUUAAGGUUUUCUGUAGCCCGAGUGGAUCAUAUGGCUGAGACCUAGAAUGGUGCAUACUGCUCCUUUGCGGUGUUUUGCGAGUUAGAGAUGCAGGGCCAGAUUCUGACCAAAUGUACAUUGGUGUGUCCGAAAUAUUUCCAUCGCUUUCAGUGGAGUUUCUCAAAAUUUUCUUUCUAGUAACUAGGAUCAGAAUCUGGCCUGUCAUCAGCUGCUAUAACAAAAGAUGUGCCUGAGUGUUCAUUGUAGCAGGGUUGUUGUGUUUGUUUGUUUUUUAAUUCAAGCCUUUCAAUUAAUUUGUCAGUAAUGAUCUAGCAACUCCUUAAUGGAAAAGCUGCCACCUGUUCGUAAAACGUGGAGCCUGGCACUGAGACUGGAUUUGAACCCAGCAAAUGGAAACUGUGACUUUUUAAAAAGUCGGUCCAUAGUACAUCUCUAUGUUGUACUGUAUGUUGAGGCUUGGUCCUACGCUACUGUCUUAUGUGGUUACACCAACAUCAUGCAGGAUUUUCCACACCCGUGAGCGACGCAGUUACAGGCACCUAAUGGCCGGUGUAGCUAGUGCUGUGUUGACGGGAGAGCAUCGCUGGUGAGCAUAGCCCAUGCCUGUCAGGGAGGUGGUGUGUCAAUGGGGGAAGCGCUCCCGUUGCUGUAGGUAGCGUCUUCUCUCUAAGUGCUGCAAUGGCGUAGCUACACGGCCACUGCAAAUGUUCCCGUUGGCUUCCCUUACUCCUGGCAAGAGCAGGAGUACUGGCCGCCAGCAGGGGCACCUGCUGAGUUCCAUUGAGCGAGUCUUAACUAGACUCACUCAAUUGAACCCCAGAAGAUCGAUUGCAGCAGCGGCCAUCUUC